CUGUCCUCAGUGCAGUUUCCACUCUCCUAAGCCCCCAUCCCAACAUCUUGGCAUGAAGAGCUUUAGCUGGGGUUUGGAUUAGAUUGGGUUGCCUUUAUUGCUGGAUCAUCUCAUAGCAUUGGCAGCCAUGUGAACGGUGCUUAUUUAUCGGCUCUCUGCCUAGCAAUGGCUGCACUCACUCCUAUUCCCAAGGUGUCAGAUUUACUCUGAUUUAUUUAACCUUGGCUGGAGAGUAUAAAGAUGAUCAGAUAGUGCCAAUCUCUUUGGAGUGCCCUGGACAGCUCAUUUUAAGAGGGAGAGGGCCUGUGGAGAGGGAGGCAGCAGACUCCAGGGAAGGACAGUUUUGCAAUGUCUUGUUGAGUAGGGUGAGCAGUGAGGUAGUGAAAGUCUGCUUCCAGUUUAGGUCUUAAAUUGUUAGCUCCAAACAUUGCAUUUUGAGUUAGGGACAUUAUGUUUGUGUGUUUGUUUUGCGGGCCCUGAGUCUGUUUCUGAGUUGGAGCUUCACAUUUUUAUUACGCCUGCUUUUUUAUUUCAAAGCUGAGACCUAUCUCCAUCACCUUUGCCAUGCCACACCACACAGGAUGUAAGCACAUGAUCUUUGGUUUUUCAUUUGCAUACUCUACUAGUCCUGUCUUCAUUGGCGGGAAGUAGCUGGUCAGACCUGGGCUGUCUUGCUGGCUGCCUUCCUUGCUGGGCUCCAACUUAUCUUCUAUGUACAUAGCCCUUAGAGUUCAGAGGCCUCUGCUGACUUCUGCCUAGCCUCUGGCUUUCAGCACCCACGUCCCCACUUGUACAUACAGGAGCAGAAGGAAAAGAGGGAGCUGGAGAUAGUCUGUGAGAGGCUUAGAAACCCAGUGCAUCCCCCUGGCCCAGCCCUGCCACCUGCUGCUGUGGCCACGACAACAGAAAGGACAACUAGGAACAUAGGAAGAGAGGUCCAAUACCUUGUGGGCAGUGCUAUCAUUAGCUGCAACGACUAAGAUGGCUCAAGAGAUGGGAGAGCUCACUCAAACCAGGUUGCAGAAGAUCUGGAUUCCACACAGCAGCAGUAGCAGCGGGCUGCAACGGCGAAGGGGCUCAUCCAUACCACAGUUCACCAAUUCUCCCACAAUGGUGAUCAUGGUGGGCUUACCAGCUCGAGGCAAGACCUACAUCUCUACGAAGCUCACACGCUAUCUCAACUGGAUAGGAACACCAACUAAAGUGUUUAAUUUAGGCCAGUAUCGACGAGAGGCAGUGAGCUACAGGAACUAUGAAUUCUUUCUCCCAGACAACAUGGAGGCCCAGCUUAUCAGGAAGCAGUGUGCUCUGGCUGCCCUAAAGGACGUCCAUAAAUAUCUCAGCCGUGAGGAGGGUCAUGUUGCGGUUUUUGAUGCCACCAACACUACCAGAGAGCGACGAUCAUUGAUUCUGCAGUUUGCUAAAGAGCAUGGUUACAAGGUCUUCUUUAUUGAGUCUAUUUGUAAUGACCCUGACAUCAUUGCAGAAAACAUCAAGCAAGUGAAACUAGGCAGUCCUGAUUACAUUGACUGUGAUCAAGAAAAGGUUUUGGAAGACUUUCUUAAGAGAAUCGAGUGCUAUGAGAUCAACUACCAACCCUUGGAUGAGGAAUUGGACAGUCAUCUGUCCUACAUCAAGAUCUUCGAUGUGGGCACACGCUACAUGGUAAAUCGAGUGCAGGACCAUGUUCAGAGCCGCACAGCCUACUACCUCAUGAACAUCCAUGUCACACCUCGAUCCAUCUACCUAUGCCGGCAUGGUGAGAGUGAACUCAACCUCAGAGGCCGCAUUGGAGGUGACUCUGGCCUCUCCGCUCGGGGCAAACAGUAUGCCUAUGCCCUGGCCAACUUCAUUCAGUCUCAAGGCAUCAGCUCCCUGAAGGUGUGGACUAGCCAUAUGAAGAGGACCAUUCAGACUGCUGAGGCCCUAGGUGUCCCCUAUGAACAGUGGAAAGCCCUGAAUGAGAUUGAUGCGGGUGUCUGUGAGGAGAUGACCUAUGAAGAAAUCCAAGAACACUACCCUGAAGAAUUUGCACUACGGGACCAAGAUAAAUAUCGUUACCGCUAUCCAAAGGGAGAGUCCUAUGAGGAUCUGGUUCAGCGUCUUGAGCCAGUUAUAAUGGAGCUAGAACGACAAGAAAAUGUACUAGUGAUCUGUCACCAGGCUGUCAUGCGAUGUCUCCUGGCAUACUUCCUGGAUAAAAGUUCAGAUGAGCUGCCCUAUCUCAAGUGUCCUCUGCACACAGUGCUCAAACUCACACCUGUGGCUUAUGGCUGCAGAGUGGAGUCCAUCUACCUGAAUGUGGAAGCUGUGAACACACACCGGGACAAGCCUGAGAAUGUGGACAUCACCCGUGAACCUGAGGAAGCCCUGGACACUGUCCCUGCCCAUUACUGAAUCCUUUCCAAGUGGUCAGAUUGCCUCUGUCCUCGUUGCUUUCCUCCUGUAGGAACUGCUGCCCUUGUUCUCCCUAAGCAGACUCUGGCUUUGUCCUGAGAGUGCCCUACCUCCAGUGAAGAAGUCCGUAGCAGCUCCCAAACAAGUCUCAAUUCCUAAGGAGCCUACUUAGUCGUGGACAAAGUUCUUCUUAAAUAACUAUUUUCUAAUGAAUAAAGACAUGUCUUACUACCUAUAGGACAGGAAGAGGCUAUAUGGCUUCUCCCAUUGUUCUGAAGAGCUUGAUUCUAACCCAACUCUGGUACUGUUGGUGAAGAAUGGGUGAGGACGUCUGAGAUCAAAGAGUCCUGGGGUAGCACUUCUCAAAGAUGAAAAAGAUAGGUCCUUGUGAGUUCCUGUUGGUUUUGUCCCUUGGCAGUCAAAGUACUCAGGGACAAGAUGUAUUCAUCAUUAUACUCAGAGAAGAAUCUAGCUCUUGGGCGAAGAGCUUCAGUCUCCUCCAACUCUUGCUACUAUCCUGAAUAAUUUCAUUGCCUAUGUUAAUGAUGCCAUUAACACCCUCUCUCCCUCCUAGGCAUGUGACCCCCUCAACUUCAGUGGUUAUCUGUUUUCAUUUGUGGGAUCCUCUCUCUGGGCUAACUUACUAGCUGGAAGCUUCCAGUUCAUUCAAGUCUGUAAAAUUUUAUCAUCCUUAAGACUUUAGCAGUAUGCCUCCACACCAUAGGCAUUCAUGUAGUAUUUCCUAAAUGAACAAUAUCUGCCCUGGUUCAUCAGUAUGUUCCUUUUGAGCUCUCCUUUGUCUCCUAGUUCUUUAGUCUCUCAAUAUUCUUGUAAUCCCUAACCAACUUGGACCUACUUCUUCAGCCACUAGCCAUACACUAAUCAUUAUGGGCCAGGUUCUAGUGUCCGUGUGAUAAACAGACUCAUAACCUG